AUGACUGACGACCUCGUGAUGGUGGGCGACUUCAAUGCAACGCACCCCACGCUCGGCUAUGCCAAGACCACAAUAAAGAGGAGACGGCUGAUGGACGCCAUCGAUGUCCACGGGCUGACUCUCCGAAACGAGCCCGACCAACCAAAUCGGAUAGGUACCAGUGUUAGCCGCGGCACUUGUCCGGUCCUCACGCUCGCUAGAAUGCACGACGAGUGCACUUGGACGAACCUCGGGGAGAGCCUGGGUUCGGACCACCUCAUUCUCGCGACCCAGGUGCCCGUCGCGCUCAACAGCAAGCGGAGCCGGCCGCAACGGCUGGUGAACUGGCACACGUUCCGUCAUAUCAGCACGACUACAUCAACCGCGGACCAUACGAUCAACAACGACGACGCGCUCGACCAGUGGGUCCAACGGCUACAGGCAAAGAGACGUUGA